GGACGUUGUACGAAUAUUCAAGACAUGUAUAUAUUCGCGAUGUUGCCAUAAACCCAGAUCGGGGUCAACCAUCGGGCAGUGGCCACAGUGGCUGCCAAGAGCGAGUUCAACGUUCAAUGGUCGCAUCCCGCCGGUCCCUCCUCUGCUACGUCUACAAGGUUGUGCUAAUCGCAUAGCAGGACUGCAUAGUAGUACACUUGCACAAGAUACUUGAACGUUGGGCCACGGUGUGCAAGCACUGGCACUGACAGCAGCGACUGACCUGGACGCAUGUCAAACGUGGCCAUGGCCGGAUCGCACACUUGGGCUCGUGAAGACACCGAGCCCGACACCGCGCAACACUUUCAAUGCAACUACGACCUCAGGUCCCACCUGAAUGCUCUAUCUCCCGUCUCUGCGUUUCCUGCAGAGGUCCUCUCUGAGGUUUUUCUGCACGCCGCCGAGUUCUACACGACCGACAUAACGAGCUGGCCUUGGAUGGACGAAUGGAUACAAGUGACCCAUGUGUGUAGGCGCUGGCGCGCCGUUGCGCUUGGUUGCUCCGCGCUUUGGAGCCGUCUGACCUUAACCGGGCCAUGCGAUUGGAUGUCCGAGUUUAUCGCACGGUCGAAGACAUAUCCGUUGUCCGUUUCUGUGCUACUGCCGCCCCCUCGCACAUCAUCCUUUGACGACCCGCCGCCGCCGCUGGAGGAUUCGCUGGACCUUGCGUUUCCGUGCUUGACGCGUAUACGCACGCUGGCGUUGGAGGUCGAACCGGAAUCGGAAUGCUCCUCAGAGAUUAUGGAGCUGCUCGAUGGGCCAGCUCCUCUGCUCGAGUUCCUCUCGAUCUCUGAAGAGCCACGCUUUGACUCGGGGUCUGCCGUCAUUGGGCCUCUCAGCGAGCUAUUGCGUCGCCCCGAGUCAUCUGGCCUUCGCCACCUGGAACUAAACUGUCCGGUCGAUUGGACCGGAGUUUCGCUGCCACGGUUGACACUUCUAUCCGUCGGCAAUUGUAGGGACAAGACAGGCAUGGAAGCAUUCCUCAACGCGCUCGCUCAGAUGCCCCUUCUCGAGGAGUUGAUCACACAGUACGCGUUCAUUGAUUACCGCGGAGAGCCAGCCGCGUCACCCCUGGUCCCUCGGGCCGUGUUGUCCCGUCUGCGAGUGCUACGACUCCGCGAAACUGCAGCAAAUUGUACGUGCAUUUUGGAGAGUCUGGACACUCCGUCGCUUUCUCGCCUCUGCGUGAAUUCGGUGGAACGAGGAUCGGCACUGUGGCAGGCGCACCUCUGUGCUGCUGCCGCCUCGAAAAUGGAUAUCCUGGGUCAAAUCGGCACCCUCGCGGUCUCUGGCAAUCGCGCUAACUUCCCCUACGACAUCUUCCUGCGUUGCUACCACGACGUCCCCAACACUCCCGCGACGGACGCGGAAGAGGACAGCACCCAUGACUGGCUCAAUGACCGCACGCCUUUCCUAGAGUUGAACACCAACCACUGUAUUGACCAAGAAGAUCUCGCAGCCGCCGCUUUCUGCCAACUAUUGUCCAUCCAGAGCCUGCGUUGCCUCGUUUUCCAUAAGAAGCUACCUUCGCAAACUCUAUGGCGUCACCUCAUCAAGCACACUCAGUUCGUCGCCGAGCUCCGCGUUUUCGAUAUCGAGGACGCUCGCGACCUCCCAGCAAUGCUCGUAAGACGACGCUGCGGCGAUCUUCAAGGCUAUGAAGACCACCAAUACGCACUGCCUCGUCUUCUCUGCCUAACGCUGGACGAAGUGAGCUUCAGGGGGCCUGUCGAGAACAAUCCUUUCUUGACGCUCGUCCGACGACACUACGGCAUGGGCACGAAGCACCCUCCGUUCAUCAGCACUCUGCUCGACUGUCUCAUAGAGAGAUACGAGAACGGCGCCGAAAUCGAGACACUUCGCCUUCUGGAGCCGCACGAUAUCAAGGAGAACAGGGAUGUAGAAGACCUGAAGCACGUUGUGCGCUACGUUGAGUGGAGUAAUAGCUGGACACCAUUGACAUGGGAACACGAUGGAUUUGACGGCGAGCUGCCUUCCUCGUGUAUAUUUAGUACAGCAAUCAUCCCUUGGUAAGUACAGCCACUCGGCGCGCGUAGAUUCGGCAGCAGAGACAGCUGGGGUGCAGCAGUAACAACCUACAAAAUGAUCCGACUGUCCUUGACUUGCUCGCAUGGUGGACGGGCUCAUAAGCGAGUGCGCAAUUGGAUUAAGAGGUAGUACCAGCACUGGUUCUGAACUACGAUUAUCA